AUGACAUUUUGUGUUGGAUUUGCGUAUCUACAGUCUGAGCGUGUUGAUAAUUUUACAUGGGCACUACAAAUGUUGAAAGAACAGAUUACAGGUGGUGAAGUUGAAGUAAUUGUUACUGAUAGAGAUCUUGCUUUAAUGAACGUUGUUGAAUGUGUUUUUCCAAAGGCGGUCAAUUUAUUAUGCCUGUUUCAUGUAUGCAAAAAUGUGAAAGCAAAGUGCAAGAUGACUGUUUUUCCAAAAAAGAAGCAGGUGCAAAUAAUGGAGGCAUGGGAGGCUCUUGUUUACAGUUAUGAUGAGACUCAGUACUACAUGAAUUUGGCUAACUUUGAAGGAAUUUGUAGUAGCUCUUCUAUCUUUAAUGAUUAUGUACAUGACCAGUGGUUAAUUCCUCACAAGGAAAGAUUUGUUGAGGCGUGGACUAAUAGAGUUAUGCAUUUUGGGAACACUACAACACAAAGGGUUGAGUCGGCGCACUGGAGUUUGAAACGGAUAUUACAAGAUAGCAUUGGUGAUAUAUGCAGUGUUUGGGAAACCAUCAAUAGCAUGAUUGUAUUACAACACAGUGAGAUAAUAACAUCAUUUGAAAAGAGCAUAAUUCAGAAGGUCCAUCGACAUAGUAACAGAUUUGGCACAAAAACAUGUAGUACUGUAACUUCUAAUAAAGUACAACAACCUCGACCAUCAGUAACAAAGCUCACACCUCGACCAUCAGUCAGCAAAGUUCAACAACCGAGAGUUCUUAUCUUCAAGGAAUGGUUGCCGGUUGAAAUUCACAAAUUCAUAGAUGACAUUAUUGACGUGGGUGAGGAUGGUAAUUGUGGAUAUCGUGCAGUUGCAGCUUUACUUGGAAUGGGUGAGAACUUUUGGGCAUUCAUUCGUCAAGAGUGUGUGGUAGAGCUUCAAGAAUUCAUGUCUCAUUACGAGAUAAUAUAUGGUGGACAAAUUUUUGUUCAACAACUUAUACGCAAUAAAUGGGAUAUGUGA